UCAGUUGCUCCGAAGGCGUAUCUGAGUCUCCCGCUGGGGGCUAUCAAGCCUGCUGGAUGGUUACACGAUCAGUUGGUUGUUCAAACGAAUGGUCUAGCGGGGCAUGAACACGAUUUCUACCAUUAUGUCUCGCAGAGUGACUGGAUUGGGGGAACAUCGUAUUAUUCGUACUUGGAAGAAGGCAGGCCCACUAUUUCUGGGAGCUACUGGUUUAAUGCGAUGGUCCCCAAUGGGGUUUUACUCGAUGAUGCGACCAUCAAGUCACAGACACAACAAUUCUUGGAUUAUGUCCUAGAUCACCAAGACGCGACUGGUUGGCUUGGGCCAGAGGUGAACACGACAAAACCGCGGUAUCUUUGGGGAAGGUACCCUUUCUUCUUUGGCGCAAUUCAAAUGGUCGAGGCGGACCCAACUCAAGCCGAUCGUGUCGUGACGGCAUUAUACAAAUUUGUCUCACUUGCUAACUCGAUGCUGCACAAUGGUACUGGCCUCGAGGAUUGGGCUAGGACACGCUGGGAGGACUUUGUCAUGACCCUGGAAUGGUUGUAUGAUUUCCAUCCUAAUGGCCAGGAAGAUCUCUUGAUAGACACCAUGAAGAUGCUGAAGUGGACUGGUGAUCCUUGGGAGGAUGUGUUCAAUACAGAGUAUUUUCCCACAACGGCGGUGGAGAACCUUGAAAAUCCUUUCCCAGUGUUGACCUGGCAUGGUGUCAACAUGGCUGAAGGGCUGAAGGCUUUGCCCUCAACCUAUCGAUUCACCCACAAUCAAUCCGAUCUUGACCGAGCGAGUGAAGGCUGGGAUCUGCUCUUUAAGUACCAUGGCCGGCCCUCUGGGAUAUAUGCUGCAGAUGAAUACUUGGCUGGACUCGAGGCUGCUAGAGGAACAGAGCUAUGUUUAGUCGUGGAAACCAUGUUCUCCGGAUCGUACUUAUAUCAAGUCAUUGGAGACACAAAAUUUGCCGACAGGGUCGAACGCAUAACGUACAAUGCCUUGCCUGCUACAUUGACAGGGGAUAUGUGGUCACGGCAGUAUCUUCAACAACAAAACCAGAUUGCUGCGCAAAAUAUGACACCCAACCCGUUCCCAAACGAUGGGCCAUAUUCCAAUGUGUUUGGCCUAGAACCUAACUAUCCAUGCUGCACUGUCAAUCAUCCGCAGGGCUGGCCCAAAUUCAUCACCAACUCUUUCGUGAUGACUCCGGACCAGCAGUCGCUCGUACAAGUGUACCUUGGACCUUUCAGCGCAAGCACGACGCUCGCCGGCGGUAACACGGUUUCGGCGAGCGUAGACACUAUCUACCCUUUCAGCGAUACCCUGACCACAACUAUCAGUGCGGAGAAGGCAUUUACCUAUUAUGUCCGGAUUCCAAAUUGGGUCACAAACGGGACGAUAAAAAUCAACGAGGGUGGCACUCAAGCAUUGUCUCCGAAGAGCGGGCUGCAAGCUAUUCGUCUGGGUGCUGGCGCCACGAAAUUCGUCUUGAAUCUUCCCGCGGAGAUCACGACAGAGUCCCGCCCCCAUGGGUCGAUUGCUGUGCACCGUGGUCCCCUGCACUAUGCUUUCGAUAUCGCGAGGAAUCAAACUGUCCUUGCCCGCAACUCGCAGGAAAGUCGGGCAGUCGAUUUACAGUUCGAAGCGACAAACAAUUGGAAAUACGCCAUAGAUCCGACAACACUGAAAUUUCACAAUACCUCACCGCCCUCUGGCUCUCUCCCAUCGCCCAUCUUUGAUUCGGGUCUCCCUCCUAUGACCAUCACGGCCACAGCAUGCCCUAUUGAUUGGCCUAUCGCUGGCAAUACCUUCGCCACAUCCCCGCCUGAGAGCCCAACUUGCACAGGAGAGGCUACUGCGAUAACUCUCUGGCCUUUUGGAGCCACGAAACUUCGCAUUGGCGAAUUUCCAACGUUCAGUUCAGCUUGA